AUGGCCAACUUCUUCGACAUUCGAGCGCGACAGGCCGCAGCAGCGACACAGGCGUCUUCAUCAAAGCAAUCGGCACCAGCGCAGGACAAUCGACUGCAGCCAUGGGUGGAGAAGUACCGGCCUAAAUCCCUAGACGAUGUCGCUGCUCAAGAUCACACCGUCACCAUUCUCCGCCGUACACUGCAAUCUGCCAAUCUACCGCACAUGCUCUUCUAUGGCCCACCAGGCACCGGCAAGACCUCUACUGUGCUCGCACUGGCCAAACAACUCUACGGCCCCGACUUGAUCAAGACUCGUGUGCUCGAACUCAAUGCUUCGGAUGAGCGCGGCAUCAGCAUUGUGCGGGAAAAGGUCAAGGACUUCGCACGCAUGCAGCUCUCCAACCCCCCGGCUGGCCCCGCCGGUGAAGAGUACAGGAGAAAGUACCCAUGCCCGCCAUAUAAGAUCGUCAUCCUGGAUGAGGCGGACAGCAUGACGCAAGACGCUCAGUCGGCGCUACGGAGAACCAUGGAGACGUACAGCAAAAUCACGCGCUUCUGCUUGAUCUGCAACUAUGUGACACGCAUCAUUGAUCCACUCGCUUCGAGGUGCAGCAAGUUCAGAUUCAAGUCACUGGAUGAGGCCAAUGCUGGGAAGCGGCUAGAAGACAUUGCCAGGCUCGAAAACGUCAAGCUGGAAGAGGGCGUCGUGGACACAUUGCUGAAAUGUAGCGAGGGCGAUCUGAGAAAGGCGAUCACUUUCUUGCAAUCAGCCGCCAGGCUUGUGGGAGCUGUGCAGGCCUCAGGCGCAUCAGAGAAGAAGCGCAAGCGAGCCAAGAUCGAGGAUGACGAAGACGAAGAUACCAUGGACAUCGACGGUCCUUCUGACAGCGCAAGCAAGUCUGUGACUGUCCGCAGCAUAGAGGAGAUUGCCGGAGUCAUCCCCGAAGGGACAAUCGACAGUCUGACAACAGCAAUGCAGCCAUCCAAGGCUGGGACGGUCUACGGUCGAGUCUCGAAAGCGGUGGAAAAUCUGGUAGCCGAAGGCUGGUCGGCGACACAGGUCGUGACGCAACUCUACGACAGAAUCGUGCUGAGCGAUGAGACGGUGGGAGAUUGGAAGAAGAGCAAGGUUGUGCUGUGCUUCUCCGAGACAGACAAGAGACUGGUUGAUGGAUGUGACGAGCAUCUAACGAUACUGGACCUGUGUAUGCAGGUAGCAGGCGUGCUGGGAGAAACAUGA